AUGGGUCUACGCGUAAGACUACGGAGGACGUUUACGUCCAAGAAGAAUAGCACGGGAAGUGAGACUGGGCCAAAUGGGGAACCGUACUACACAAGCCGGAAGGAUAUUCAAUACUAUAAGCCCAACGAGAUCCCAAAGUCCAAAUAUCGGGGCAAGGUCGAUCCCGAACACCAAGCCUCUCUGCAGGCUUUCUCGCUUGCCGACGCUUUCUCAUCUGCCCGGAGACGAACCUCACUCGCCCUCUCUGGUACAUUUUCUCCGGGGGGUACCAAUUCACAGAGCGCCGCGGCCAGUAGAGCUCACAGUAGGGCAGCGAGUCGGAGACCAUCGAUACAGGAACUCCAUGGGUCGACCUUGAGAAAUGCGAGUGGCGUGGAUUCAGAAGGGAGUAGCAGUUGUUCGAACAGCACGAGCAGGCAGAAGAGUACCAGUGCCAGUAUGGCAUUCGAUGCGGAUACCGCGAGCACAUCCCUUUCAGAUCAAGCCACGGCAGUGCCCUCGGCACCCGCCGAACCAAACAACAAGCUCGCUCAGCACGACAGCGGUAUUCACAUGCCUGAACUGGCAGAUCUAUCCAAGCAGGCUACCAGGCACGACACGCCAUUCACAGCGGAGGAGCUCGAGCAAGCUAUGACGAGAGCGACAUUGAAACAGAGGGACUUCGGCGAAAGAGGCAUCGGAGUCGCUUUAUGA